AUGGCGUCAAAGGCCAUGUGGGAAGUCGACCCUGAGACGAGGUCCAAGCUCGCCACCCUCCAGAAAGAAUCCCAGAACAACAUCUGCUGCGACUGCAGUGCGCCUUCUCCGCAAUGGGCAUCCCCCAAAUUCGGCGUCUUCAUAUGCCUUUCCUGCGCCGGCGUGCACCGUGGUCUCGGUGUCCACAUCUCAUUUGUGCGCAGCAUAUCCAUGGACGCCUUCAAAGCGAGCGAGAUUGAGCGAAUGCGGCUAGGCGGCAACGAAGGGUGGAGGAGAUUUUUCGAGGAGCACGAGGAUACACAGAUGCGAGGAAUCACUUGGGAGGAUGCGACGAUUGCAGAACGAUACAGCGGCGAAGUAGGCGAGGAGUGGAAGGAGAGGCUUUCGUGCAAGGUUGAGGGCAGGGAAUAUGUCCCCGGUGAGAAGAAGCCUCCUGCCCCUGCGAUGAAGCCCACGCCACCGCCUGCUCUGGCAGGUCAGAGAGCUAGUUCGAGGACAGCAACGCCGCUGAGCAAUUCGACGAGCCGAAGCGAGAGUCCUGGCAAGGGCGGUACCGGUGUCAAGGUCAAGGUCGAUGACCAGUACUUCUCAAGAUUGGGCGCCGAGAAUGCCUCAAGGCCGGACGAUGUCCCUCCGAGUCAGGGAGGAAAGUAUGCUGGCUUUGGAAAUACCCCUGCGCCCACCGCCAGGACGAGCCAGGCUGGCAUUCCCAACCUUGACGAUUUGCAAAAGGAUCCCAUGGCUGCUCUCACGAAGGGCUUUGGUUGGUUUACUUCUACCGUGAGCAAGACCGCCAAGACGGUGAAUGAUGGUUAUAUUCAGCCCACUGCUAAGCAGUUCGCAGAAGGCGACUUCGCCAAACAAGCCCAACUCACAGCCUCCCAACUCGCAAGACAAGCCCAAUUGGCGGGGAAGUCCGCCCAGGAAGGGUUCAACCGCUUCGUCGAGGGCAACGACAGCAGCCACAGGAGGGAUGCGCCAUUGGAUGCGAACCGCAAGGACUUUUGGGACGAUUUCUCAAGUCUGGCGGAGCAGAGGAAGCAGACGAACAGUUCGAUUGGGACGAGUGCCAUGGGGAUGGGGAAGAAGGGGUCUGGCGGCCCUCAGCCCACGAAAAAAGCAGAUGAUUGGGAUGACUGGUGA